AUUGUCCUGAUAACGACCAACCAAAUCCCCUUUCGGAAGGUAUAAAUAUUGAUUUCUUAUUUCAGCAGCAACACUUGUCAGUAGCACUUUCUGGUCAAGAUGAAAUUCCUCGUUCUAGCCGCUUUGUUCGCUUGUGCCUGCGCUCUUCCUCAGCGCAUGGUUUUGCCCCGCCUUCCGGCUUCGGUCAUUUCCAAGGGAAAAUUCCAGUUGAUCCCGUCCAACAAGAUUGUCGGUGGAACUGAAGUUGAGCCCAACUCGUUGCCCUUCCAGGUUUCCCUCCAGCGCAAAGGCCUCACUGGUCUCUACUCGCAAUCGUGCGGUGGAUCCAUCCUCGAUGAAAACACCAUCCUUGAUGCUGCCCACUGCGUUGACGGAGCAAAUAUCCCAAAUUUGCGCAUCGUCGCUGGUGAGCACAGCCUUUCCGUUGAGAGCGGCCUCGAACAGAACCGUCUGGUCACCCGUGUUGCCACUCACCCCAGAUACAACAGCGCCACCUACGAGGAUGACAUCUCCUUGAUUUUCUUGGACGCUCCAUUGGACCUCAGCGUUCCCUCUGCCAAGGCUAUUUCUCUGCCACCCCCUACUUCUGAAUUGGAUCCUCCCGCUGGAACCGUUGUCACCUGCUCCGGAUGGGGAACCACCAGCUCAGGCGGAAGCAUUUCUGACGUCCUUCGCAGUGUUGACAUCCCAGUUGUUUCCGAUGCUGAUUGCGAUUCUGCUUACGGAGGUUUGCGAACCAAUAAAAACGAAAUUAAAAGAAACUGUUUGUUAAGAUUUAAGUUUUUGUUUUUGUCUUCAGGUACCGCCUCAUCCCCAUCCGUUUUUCCUUCCAUGAUGUGCGCUGGUGACACCGCCAACGGUGGCAUCGACUCUUGCCAAGGAGAUUCUGGUGGUCCCCUCUUCACCGGCACUGGUGAAACAGCCGUCCAACACGGAAUCGUCUCCUGGGGUCAGGGCUGCGCUCUUGCCCGAUUCCCCGGUGUCUACACCCAGGUGUCGUACUUCCUUGACUGGAUCGCCGCUGCCAGGGGUUAAAGAAAAAAGCUCUGUCAUUUUUAAAGCUGUAACAAAAUCACGGGCUUUAAUAUCCAGUUCGUAUUGACGCAUUUUCUUGCAAAAAAAGUAUUUGAUGGAAAUUUUGGUUACAAAAACGAAAUAAAUCUGCAAAAGUUA